UGAGAAACUACGGUUCCCGACGAACCUCAUUCUGCUUUCUGAUGUUGAUGUCAAUAUGGCUGCUGUCAGACAGACAAAGGCAAGUCAGUCUAGUCUCUGACUGAAAUCAAAUUAGAAGGAAAAGGACAGCAAGGGUUUCAAAAAAUAACUCGUGUAUGUUUUGUUUCGGUGCUAAAUUCGCGGGAUCACUCUAGGAAUUUAUUUGUAUUCCUGUUAUUAAAUGGUGUGGUGGACGGAGGCCCAAGAUAAACUGAUAAAGAAUGUCACACUACACUGAUGAGCCACGGUUCACCAUUGAGCAGAUUGACCUGCUGCAACGUUUACGGCGGACGGGCAUGACCAAGCAUGAGAUCCUGCAUGCCCUGGACACCCUGGACCGGUUAGACCGAGAGCACGGGGACAAGUUUGGGCGCCGGCCAGCCUACGGUGGGGGAGGUGGGAGCGGCACCACAACCACCACCACCACCUCGACCAACAAUAGUAACAACGUGGCAGCCUCUUCGUCCACCACCACCAUUGCCACCCAGACCCAGUACCGAGGGCUUUCUCCCUCCCCCAGCAACAGCUACGACACAUCACCACCUCCCAGCGCCGCCACAGCCAAUCAGAACGGCCGGGAGAGCAUGUCCGCCACUCCCAACGGCAAGUUGUCGCCCAGCCGCUACACUGUUAACAGCGUAGGGGCGAGGUCAUACAGCUUCGAGGCUACCGAAGAGGAUCUGGACAUCGAUGACAAAGUGGAGGAACUCAUGAGGAGGGACAGCAGUAUCAUCAAAGAGGAGAUCAAGGCCUUCCUGGCCAACAGGCGGAUCUCCCAGGCCGUAGUUGCCCAGGUUACAGGCAUCAGUCAGAGUCGGAUCUCCCACUGGCUGCUGCAGCAGGGCUCUGACCUCAGUGAACAGAAGAAAAGAGCCUUCUAUCGAUGGUAUCAGCUGGAGAAAACCACCCCAGGUGCCACCUUGAACAUGCGCCCAGCCCCUCUAGCGAUGGAGGACUCAGAGUGGAGGCAGACGCCACCCCCCGUCAGCUCCACGCCGGGCAGCUUCCGUCUGCGACGCGGCAGCCGCUUCACCUGGAGGAAAGAGUGCCUGGCAGUGAUGGAGAGCUAUUUCAAUGAAAAUCAGUACCCAGAUGAGGCAAAGCGUGAAGAGAUUGCCAAUGCUUGCAACGCUGUCAUUCAGAAACCAGGGAAGAAGCUGUCAGACCUAGAGAGAGUCACAUCACUGAAGGUCUAUAACUGGUUCGCAAACCGGCGGAAGGAAAUCAAAAGAAGAGCUAAUAUUGAAGCAGCAAUCCUGGAGAGCCAUGGCAUAGAUGUGCAGAGCCCUGGAGGACACUCCAACAGCGAUGACAUCGAUGGCAAUGACUACUCUGAGCAGGACGACAACACCAGCCACAGUGACCACCAGGAUCCCAUCUCGCUUGCUGUAGAGAUGGCAGCUGUCAAUCACACCAUCCUGGCCCUGGCACGGCAGGGGGGCGCCGGGGAGAUCAAGACAGAGGUGCUGGACGACGACUGAGGCCGUAUGGGGAGGAGAGGGGCAGUGAUGCUGGGAAAGGGGUCUGUGUGCUUGUGUGCGCGUGUGCGCUUCUCCGUGUGUGUGUGUGUGCAUGUGGAGCGGGGGAAGGCAUUAUACGGUGACCAAAACUAUGCGUAGGCCAUAGAUUUAGAUCUGCUGUGAGUCCUUAAUUUAUCUACCCCCCCCACCCCUUUCUUGCGCCCCUGUCUCCUUCAGCAGGUAAAUGUCUGUAACAGGAAUAUGUAUUAAGCCGUCGUCUGUUGAAAUAUAGAUUUUUAUGAAACCCUACAUACCUCCCUUUGGCAUGGUGCCGUUUGCCUUGGCUUUUACACGCCUAGCGUGACAGAAAAUGGCCGCCACCUGUCCCCCCUCACCACUCCCCCCGCCACCUGUGGCCAGCCUCUCUCCUCCAGGUUUCCAGCAGGUGAAUACUGCCCCUCGCCCCCUUCUUCCGCUCUUUCCUUCCACAAAGCGGAAGUAUUAAAUGUCCCUUCUCACUUCUGCUCAUGCCAGUGUGUUCGCUAUGCUCCUCCACAGGGGAGGGGGACACUGUGUACAUGAGGGUGCUCAGAGCCUUCACAUUUCUCCCAGUUCUGUGCAGUAUUAGUAUUAGAGGAAGUGUUCUGUUAUUACCAUCAGAAAGAAUGGAGCAGCUGUUGUAGUCUUGGGUAGAACGUGGUUUGAAAUAUCCAUCUCUUUAAGCACAGGUUCUUCUCGUUGACAGCUGACAGUUCAUUAGUGUAGCAGAGCACGGCAUGUUAUGUUGAUCAAUGGUACUUUGUUAGUGGUUAUCCAUCAUAAGGAUUUUACUGAUCUUCCUGUUUGUUUUUGUUCUUUGUCAAAUACUAGAAACUCAGGCCCUCCAUUAACAUGUUAAAAAAUACUAAAUACUACAUCAAUGGAAAAGCUCAUAAAGUUUAUUAAUAGAGGACUGAAAUAAGUCGUAUUCCUUCAUUAACAGACUUCUAAAAGGUUUUCUUUUUUAUGACUUACUCUGCAAUGGGAAUAGCAGGUCUUAGCAUUUGCCAUUUACACGCUAGUGAGAAAGUAAAAAAAAAAACAUGCCAUGAUACCAAAUAAAAGAAUACCAUAGCAUACCACUAGGUGCUAGUCUGUGGCCCCGACUUUAUGUAAUUGAAAUGGAGCUGUUUCUCCCAAAUACCUGAUUCUUUUGAAAUUCAACAGAGUCUACAGAGCAUUCUUCAAACAACGAGGUAUAUCCUAUUGAUAUCAGUAUUGCAAAAACUGAGAUGGAAGCAGUGCAUCUUUCAGAAUUA